AUGGUUGUGAAUGCAUCAGACUGGUUGGGCCCGACUGUGGGCCCAGAGCUGGACCCGUGCAGUAACUACACAGAAGCUUGGCUGUGGCUGACUUCCCUGCAGCCGGCCUACCUGGGUUUGAUCAGUGUCAUGGGGUUGGUGGGGAACAGCCUGGUUCUUAGCGUGUUCUGCCUGCAGAGGAAGCCCUGCACCGUGGCCGAUGUCUACCUGGGGAACCUGGCAGCUGCCGACCUGGUCUUGAUGUCCUGUCUUCCCUUCUGGGCUGUCACCAUCGCCAAAGGCUACCAAUGGGACUUUGGAGAAGUCCUUUGUAAGUUAGUCAAUGUGGCCAUCUUUAUGAACUACUUCUGUAGUGUUCUGUUCCUCAUGCUGGUCAGCGUGGACCGCUACCUGGCUUUAGUGAAGCCCAUGAACCCCAGCCGUCUGAGGAGAGCCCCCUGGGCCAAGAGGAUCUGCCUGGGGAUCUGGAGCCUGGGCUUCUUGUUCAGUCUGCCCAUCCUGCUCUUCCGCACUGUGAUCUACGUAGAGGAUCCCGGUGUGGAUGCCUGCAUUCUGGCCUACCCCCACCCGGCAUGGAUAUUGGUCCACAACAUCACAAAGAACGUGGUGGGCUUUCUUAUCCCAGUUCUGGUGGUGGGUUACUGCACUCAUCACAUUGUGGCUGCGCUGAAUGACAGGGGAGCCAGAGUUCUCCCUGGGAUGAGGGCAGAAAGGAAGGCCACCCACUUAGUCCUGGCCGUGCUGGCUGUCUUCCUCAUCUGCUGGACACCGCACCAGGUGAUGCGAUUUCUUGACACUCUGGAUCACUUUCGGGUCAUACCCGGAUGCCUCUGGGGUCAUGUCCUGGACAUCGGCAUACAGCUGUCCACAUAUCUGGCGUACAGCAACAGUGCUGUUAACCCCUUCCUGUUUGUCAUUGUGGGGAAGCAUUUUAGAAGACAGGCAAAGGAGGUAUUUGCCAAAACUUUGAACCCCUGGUCAAAAGAUAUGACCUACCUAAGUGUGAGCUUCACAUCAGUGAACAGACUCAAUGAGACACAGUGUUUAAGUACUGAAAAACUUGAAAGAAAACUGACAACAGUAACUAUAUCAUGA